AUGGAUAGAUUAACAUGUGAAUCAAACAAUGCCGUUAAUCUCAUUGCAAGGACCAGCCCACUAACAAUGGCUGCCGGAAUCCCGUCGCAGUGUUCGGACGUCGAAGUAACACGUCUAUUUGAAGACACAAUACUUGUGUCCACCUGUGAAAGUAACAUUACAACCGACUCACAAUCUUCGUCAUCCGAGUCGGCUAUUACCGAAUUCGCAUUCAAGGCCAUUCUGUUACCUGAUUUAGAAAGGAAACGUAUCAACCAAGCGCUUUUUCUGCCGCAUUCGGAAAUGCAACAAGCCAUCACUGACGUCGACUCAGAUUUACCAACGGACGGCACCUUUGAUAGCUUAAGAAACGAACGUGAGAAAAUACUACGGGUGAUAGAAAAAAGAGCUACAAAAACUGUGGAAGAAACAUAUGCCAUUCUUGAUACCGCCAGCAGCUGUUAUGUAAUCAUCACAAUCGCUAUCGGAGUAGCCUUGCUAACAACCGCAAGGCUUCUGCUCUACACGAGACUCACCGGAUGUAUCGGAUCAAGUGGGAACAUCUGA